AUACACAGAGACUGGAUACGGGCGGAAUUAAGAUGGCCAUCUAAGAGAAUAUUCUCAUUUAAAACCAUCCGCACGGUUGCUUGACUAAACAGCCGGCUAGACUGAUCACCCUUCCAGUGUAUGUGUGGCAACAACAUGUCUGUGCCGCUGCUCGCCGAGGCUGUGACCGUGUCUGGGACAGAGAAGGAGACAGCUGCGGUGAUCUUCCUUCAUGGUCUGGGUGACAAUGGGCAUGGCUGGGCUGAUUCCGUAACAUCAAUUAGGCUGCCAUACAUCAAGUACAUCUGUCCACAUGCACCCAAAAUUCCUGUAACACUCAAUAUGAAGAUGGUCAUGCCCUCAUGGUUUGACCUGAUGGGGCUGAGCCCAGACUCUCCAGAGGACGAGGCAGGCAUUAAGAGAGCAGCAGAAAACAUCAAGGCGAUUAUUGACCAUGAGGCAAAGAAUGGAAUACCACCUAAUCGCAUCAUCCUUGGUGGAUUUUCUCAGGGUGGAGCUCUCUCACUCUACACUGCUUUAACCUGUCAGCAGCAACUAGCGGGUUUAGUUGCUCUAAGCUGUUGGCUGCCACUGCAUAAGACCUUCCCACAGGCUGCAAGUGGCAGUGCAAAUAGGGAUAUCCCAAUUUUGCAAUGUCAUGGUGAGAUGGACCCCAUGCUACCUGUGCAGUUUGGAGCCAUGACAGCCGAAAAACUUAAGACAAUCGUUAACCCGCAGAAAGUCGCCUUCCAUACUUACCCAGGCCUCAUGCAUAGCUCCUGCCCUCAGGAGAUGUCUACCAUGAAGGAAUUCAUUGAGAAGCAUUUACCCAGAAUCUGACCUUACUAUGACCCUUGAACACCGACCUCUCACCUCUGGCCUGCCAUUUUCACACAGGAAACAGCCAUAAGCAUCCCCUACUACACGGUCACCCAGAGGCUUUAACAUCUGUACAUACUGUGAAGAUGCAACACAUUAAUCCAUUAAGUCUCAUGCCUUUUAUUGGAAAUGUAUAUAUGCAAAAGAUGGACUUUAAUUUUAAAGUUUUAGUGCCGCUGUACAUUAUACAGUGUUUAGUGUGCACAAUACAUGCUUGACAUUUACCAGUACUUUACCAGUUUAUUUGGGAGAAUCAUUAAGUUUCACAUUACAUUCCCAUUAACGACCCAGUUCUCAGCAAUGUUUUACUUUUUAAGGUGUAAACAUCAUUCUGCUACAUUGUAACUGCUGCCGUCUGGAGUGACUCAGGUCACACUGCUGUGCAUGCCGCUGUCAGAGGUUUCAGGAAAGGAGAGGAGGAUUGCAACGCUGCCUCCUGGUGCUCUGGUUUACGCUAAAUCUUGUUUGGUUCAGUUGAAAGCUAAUAAAACAAUUUUCAUUCUGAAAUAAAUGAACUUUUCACCAUGCUGUGUUCUUCGAAAGCAGUUAUUGUUUUUAAUCUAUACAUUGAAUCUAUUUUGGUUAGAAUGGCUGCUUGCAGUUGUACCAUAUGUGCUAAAAGUAUGGCGUGAGUAUUUAAAAUGAGUAUUUAGUCAAUGUGCUGUCUAUAGUGUAGUGAUGUUAGUUACAGCUGGUACAAAGAUUCAGGCAUGAUGAGUUUAUAAAAUAGCCAACAUUAGAUUCAUUUUUAUAUGCAGUGUGCAUCACUCCAGGUGGCGUAGUUUGCAGCGGUCUGUUUUUAGACAAGCCUUUUUUAAGCAGACAGCAUCUGCAGUUUCUAAUUCUUAACCUCCUCAACCACUGCUUAAUGCAGAAAAGCCACAGUCAUGUGACAUGCAAAUGCAAACCAUUUAUAGAGCUUGUACAUUCUUUUCUUAUGAAUGCUGGUUUAGCAUUCAUCAGUUUUAAGGCAGCAUUGUUUUUUUUGUUUUUUUUUUCAGGAAAUUUUGCAUUUAUUUCUCACACUACAGGUUAUAAAAAGGUGAAAGGUCGGUUUACAGGGUUUAACCGCUUAGUAAACGCAAGAUAUUUGCAAGUCAAGUAACAUUUUAAUAAUAUACGUUAUACUAGGAUCUAUGACUGUAUAAAUUGGAAAUAGUAAGGUUUACAAACCUAAUUGAUCUCUAUUUCAUAUGUUCUUGCUCUGUGCUUCUGACCAUUUUAAAUCAGUCAAAAAAUAAGAAAAUAUUAAGAUCUGCAAGUCCUGAAUGUUGACUAGAAGAUUUUAAUUGCUUAAUCUCAGUAUUACUUUAUUUUGCGACCUUUACCUUGUUUCUUCAGCUUCAGUUGGCUUACCUACCCUUAGCAUUUCAAGUUUCUUUUAAAAGUAAUAGUUAGGUUUGUGGGUUAGAAUUAGAUGUGUGUGUAGCACAUCAAAGGCUUAAAUGUUGUGUGAACCUGGGCUGUGUACGGCCCAGGCUGUUUCCUAAGCAGCAACUACUUAAAACUGGGUGAAACAGUAAACUUAAGUGUGUAUGCUCUUUCUAUAUUGUAUCUUUGGUUAAUAUGUUAUUAUUUGUGCUCAGUUUUAAAAUGAUUGUAUUAUGUUAUCAUUGUCUGUUUGGUUGGAGUGUGCUGAGGGACAGUUAGUUCUUUGAUAUUUUUUUUCCAGGACCCAAGUAUGUGGAAUAAAUAAUGCAAAUCAUGGCAAUAUAAUGAA